AUCAACACUCUUUCUGACUCAAUAACUUGUUCUUGACUUCUUGUUCUUUUCUUUCUUUCUUUCUUCCUCCUCUUGUGCGGCAAGUAUAGACAUCAGACUUUCGCAAUAGACUUAGAAAGCCGCAUAGACCGUCAUCAUGGCAUCCUCCGAGUACCCCGCAUCCACCCACACUCCCCGCUAUUUAACCGGAGACGCCGCCGGCAUCCGCGAGUUCCUGGACAAGUUCGAUGUGUUCUUGUUCGACUGUGAUGGCGUCCUCUGGUCUGGGGAUCACCUUUUUCCUGGUACCAACGAGACAUUGGACCUGUUGAGAAGCAAAGGCAAACAAGUCGUCUUCGUGACGAACAACAGCACGAAAUCGCGCGCCGACUACGUGAAGAAGCUCGAAGGGCUAGGCAUUCCCAGCUCCGCAGAAGAAGUCUUCUCCUCCUCCUACAGCGCCUCAAUCUACAUCUCGCGCAUCCUAACCCUCCCGCCAAACAAACGCAAAGUCUUCAUAAUCGGCGAAACAGGCAUCGAGCAAGAACUCCGCGCAGAGAACAUCCCCUUCCUCGGCGGCACGGACCCAGCCUACCAACGCCUCAUCACACCAGACGACUACAAGCGCAUCGCGGCCGGCGACGAAAGUCUUCUCGACCCCGAGGUAGGCGUGGUGCUAGUGGGCCUGGACUUCCACAUCAACUACCUGAAGCUGGCCCUGGCGUACCACUACAUCCGGCGCGGCGCGGUGUUCCUAGCCACGAACAUCGAUUCGACGCUGCCGAACGCCGGGACCUUAUUCCCCGGUGCCGGGUCGAUGAGUGCCCCGCUAUCUAUGAUGCUAGGCGGGCAGAUGCCGGUGUCGUUGGGGAAGCCGAAUCAGGCGAUGAUGGAGGCGAUUGAGGGGCGGUUUCGGUUUGAUCGGGCCCGCGCUUGUAUGGUGGGUGAUCGCGCGAAUACGGAUAUUAGGUUUGGGAUUGAGGGGAGGUUGGGCGGGACGUUGGGGGUUUUAACUGGUGUUAGUUCUAGGGAGGAAUUUGUGGAGGGCGAGGUUAGGCCUGCGGCUUUUGUGGAUCGGUUGGCGGAUUUGCUUGGUUGUGAAUAGGUGUAUGGUUGGUUGGUCGGG